AGCAGCAUACUACUAAUCCCUCUCCCCUAUUUCAUGUGGAAAAUUCAAGCCCACCAAAUAACAAGAGAGAACAGGAAAAUAGGCCAGCUUGUUCUAAAGCAGGGCGGGGUUGAAAAAGCUAUAGGGAGGGCAUCGAGGCUUUUAUUGCAGAAGCGUAAAACAAAACGAUCAAUUUGACCGGUCUUUCACUCUUUAGUAGCCAUCAGAAUCCAAUCAAUUUUCUUUGAGGCCUUAUGCCCUAUAACAAAAUUGACACUACGCAUUCUUGAGAAUUAGUCUGAUCAAGUGGAGCCGGGGAUCCCUAUUCUGAACUAGAGAUGUCUGAAUGUGGCCUUGUCUGAAUUGGGUACUCUUGUAUUGGUGAGCAGAUAAUAUUUUCGAUUAGACAAAAUGGAAUCUGACGAUGAAGAUGAUACGAGUGUUCCUUUAAGUGAGAGGGAGGAAUGGAAAGACGUACAACCACUUCCACAGGAUGAUGGUCCCAAUCCAGUUGUUCCUAUUGCAUACACCAAAGAGUUCAGGGAAACAAUGGAUUAUUUUCGAGCAGUUUUCCAUGCAGAUGAGAGAAGUCCUCGAGCUCUGUAUCUCACAGCAGAAGUUAUUAAAUUGAAUGCUGCCAACUACACUGUUUGGCAUUUCAGGCGUCUUAUUCUAGAAUCACUUCAAAGUGACCUGCAAGAGGAGCUCAAUUCAAUUGAUGUUUUAUCUCAGGGCAAUCACAAAAACUAUCAAAUAUGGCAUCAUCGUCGAUGGGUUGCUGAAAGAUUGGGAACUGUAGUAACUACCAGGGAACUAAAGUUCACAGAGAAAGUACUUGAUAAUGAUGCUAAAAAUUAUCAUGCUUGGUCACAUCGGCAGUGGGCUCUCCAAGCAUUGGGAGGAUGGGAAGACGAACUUGAAUAUUGUCGGCAGCUCCUAGAAGAUGACAUAUUUAACAAUUCUGCUUGGAAUCAGAGGUAUUUUGUCAUAACAAAGAGUCCCUUUUUGGGAGGUUUGCAAAAUAUGAGAGAUUCUGAAGUAGGCUUCUGUACUGAAGCCAUACUAAAAAAUCCUUAUAAUGAAAGCCCAUGGAGAUAUUUGAGAGGGCUCUACAAGGGAGAUAAUGAGGCGUUUGUAAAAAAUCCCGCUGUUUCUGAUGUCUGUAUUCAUGUUCUACAAGGAAACAGAAAGUGUGUUUUUGCACUGAGUCUCCUCUUAGAUCUUCUAUGUCAUGGAUUUCAACCAGCACCCAAUUUGAUUGAGAUUCUGAGCAUAGAGAGUACUAAUUCAGACCUGAAGUUAACAAACUUGGUUUGUUUAAUGCUGGAGAAAGUUGAUCCUAUGCGUGCACGAUACUGGAUUUGGCGUCGAGACAACCUUCCAAGUCAUGUUUGUUGAAUUGUCACUGUUCAACUUGACUUUUACCUGUUUUAUUUAUUUUUAUUAAAUUUCCAAAUGGGGGGUUUCAAAUGCUUUGCAAUAUAUUACAGUGAUUUUGGUUUCA